AUGGAUGGAACCAACUCAAACCAGCAGGAGCCCUGCGAAAAACACAAGCGUAAGAAAAGAAGGAUAGAGUGUGAUAAAGGAGUGGUUGAUCGGAUAAGUGAGUUACCUGAUGAGAUCAUUUACAUCAUACUCUCUUUCCUACCCUUGAGACAAGCUGCUUCCACUAGCCUUCUUUCUCACCGAUGGCCGGAUUUGUGGAAGCACACUUCUAAUCUCGACUUCAUCGACUCUAACCGUCGCCACAACAUCAAAACCACUGAAAUCGAGAACGAUUCAUGGGACGUUUCGACGUGCAAGAAUGUCAAAAUGGUGAAUUCGGUCCUCGAAUCGCAUCAAGCCCUUUUCCUGAAAGAGUUCAGAAUCCAAUUUUACAUAAACAGCUCAGCACAGAGCACAAUCACCAAGUGGCUCGAAUUCGUGUGGUCGAGACAAGUCGAGAGAUUGAAUUUGAAGUUCAUAUGCGAUAAUAGCCCAAAGCAUAUGUUAGUGUUAGGAGAUUUGUUGGGAGAGAUUAGAUGUAUGCAACAUCUCAAGACUUUGUCUCUGAGAUGUCUGAUAAUAAGCGGUGAAGACAUCUCCUUGUUCUUAAAAAACUGUCCUUUGUUGAGGGAAUUGAACAUCGAAGGCUCGCAUUUGACGUCUGAAGUUAAAUUCUGCGACUCGACCCUCGUGUUGGAGGAGCUUCGGAUACGAAAAUGCAACAUCAGGGAAUCUUUUAUUAACAUAUCCGCUCCAAAUCUUGCUCUAGUUAGCGUUGAUGCAAGGCCGGGGCAGCUAUGGUUCGAGAAUGUUCCAAGACUUGUCGACGUAAAUUUUGCAAUUUACAGUGCAAGAUAUACUAUGCAACAUUUUACUUCUGCAGUAAGUUGCAUUACUUCCCAACUCGAGAAACUUACCUUUUCUCUCUACUUAUACCCUAAGAAGCUUUCGUGGAAUGGGUUUCCGAUAAUGCCUAAUCUCAAGGAGUUGGUCGUUAAAGAGAGCUCGUUGUAUGAGCACGGAUGUCUCUUGCCACUAAAAUCUGUGAUAUCGGCAUGCCCUUGUCUUCAGAAUUUCAAGUUUGAGUUUAAUGAGAGUAGUGUUAAAAAUGCACCAAAUGUUGAAAGAUGUCCACACCAAUACAUCAAAACGAUGAAGUUUCAAGGGUCUUGUGCGACCGAUAUCAUCCAAUCAAUGACCUAUAUUACAGUUUGUUGCAAUGCAUAUCAAGAAAUAAAACGUUGUACUCGGGCUAUGAGUAAGGAUGGUGUACAUUCUCAUAGGGAGCAAAUGGUUCAUCUCCAACAACAUUUAUCUCAUCAAGUUGAAAUCAAGUUUUUUAAGUCCAUUGAUGAAUAG